AUGGCGACCGAAUUGACUGUCCAGAGCGAGCGCGCUUUCCAAAAGCAGCCGCACAUCUUCCUCAACUCCAAGCGCCAGAGCGGCAAGAGCAAGAGAGUCGGAAAGGGUGGCCGGAGAUGGUACAAGGACGUCGGUCUGGGUUUCAGGACCCCCAAGACCGCCAUUGAGGGCUCGUACAUCGACAAAAAGUGCCCGUUCACCGGUCUCGUCUCGAUCCGUGGCCGUAUCCUCACUGGCACCGUCGUCUCCACCAAGAUGCACCGUACUCUCAUCAUCCGCCGCGAGUACCUCCACUUCAUCCCCAAGUACUCCCGUUACGAGAAGCGCCACAAGAACCUCGCUGCCCACGUCUCCCCAGCUUUCCGUGUUGAGGAGGGUGACCAGGUUACCGUUGGCCAGUGCCGGCCGCUCAGCAAGACUGUCCGCUUCAACGUCCUGCGUGUUCUGCCAAGAACCGGCAAGGCCGUCAAGUCGUUCAGCAAGUUCUAA